AAAAGGCCGCUUUACCUGCCGUGUGCUCGGGUCUGCUCCGCUUGACUUGUCCUCCCAGCGUCUCCGGGCCGAGCCGGAGCAUCUCUGUGAUUGGCUGCAGGAGGAGAGACGCGCUGCCAGCCAGCCAGCCCACCCACCGCUGAUUGUAGGGACUCUCGCAGAGCAAGCUUUCCUCUCUCUCCAGCAGUGAGUCUGGGACCUGGCCGCUGGGCUGAACGCACGGCACACACGCAGCAGCAGCGCGCACCAUGGCAGCUACGCACAGCGAGUACCGAGCCUACCUGCGGAACACCGUGGACAUCGAGGCCGGGCAGCACCGCUUCCACCCGGUGCCCAGCUCGGAGCCCACGUACCGGCCGCUGCUUUUCGGGACCCUCGCUGUUAUGGGAUUGCUUCAGGUGGCCUCCAGCGUGGCGAUCUUGCUGCACCUGACAGGUUAUCUGCAAGAGGUAGAUCUGGCCACAGCCCCGCAUCGGCCGAUAGAGGAGGUGCAGACCGAGCCAGUGCUAAACGCCCUGAAAGACCCAAGGAAACCCAAACGAACGAAAACUCCAGCUAAAGAGAACCUGCCAUCAGCUCAUCUACCGAUCUUAGCACCUCAGAUGUUCUUUCAGAAGAUUGAACAGGUCAACAUCGACUGGGAUAAAGACCAUGGAGACAUCCGCCAGAUGGGGUACGAGAAGGGGAAACUGAUGGUGAUGGAGUCGGGUUUCUACUACGUCUAUGCCAAGACCUGCUUCCGCUACUACGCCAUCGAGGACAGCGGUCAGGCUGGAAUCCCCCCCGCGGAUGUGAGCAACGCCCACCGGAGGGAUCCCGGCCUGAACACCAGGAUCUCUCCAGUGGACGUGAACAACCCCCAACUCAUCCAGUACGUCUACCACGAGAGCAUCAAACAGAACAGGAAGGCUGUGGUGCUGAUGAAGACGGGCACCACCAUGCGCUUGAACGGCACAAGCUAUAACAUGUACUGCGCCCAGCAGGGCCGAGGGGUUCACCUGUUCAAGGGGGACACCUUGUCUGUCAACGUGUCCAAUGCCUGGAUGUUGGACAAGGAGCCGGAAGGGACGUACUUUGGUGCCAUAAAAUUGGGUAACUGAAACUUUAAACACAUGAGGAGCGGACAUGCUACUGAACUUUUUUUUUUAAUAUGCCAAAGAACCACUGUUAGAGAUUUGUAAUAUUGAUCUGUCAAAAGAGAGUUUUCUUUCUUUUAUUCCACAAGUGUGUUUUGUUGUUCUGCAUUGUUUUUCAUCAAAUAACCUUGUCUUCCGCGAGGAAAACUAAUGGUAUGGUAAUCACCUGUUAAAAAAUGUGUCCUUCCACUUUCCCACAGAGAUUUUGUCCAAAAUAGUACUGGAGUUUUAUUGGACAUGUCUGUUAAGUGUGGUAUGUUGCAUUAGACAAUUUUGAUACAUUUUGGUUUAGAUUACUCCAUUAAGACUCACGUAUUGUGUUUAUACACUAAUUAAACAAAUCACAAGGGAAUAACUAAGGAAGAGAGUUUUGUUGGAAAGAAAUACAGCAGGAAAAGAUUUAUCGGCGCUCGCUGUUGGGAAAAACAAUGUUCAGAAGAAGCACUUUAUUUGAUAGAGCAUCUGCUUGUGCUUAGUGGAUUAUAAAAGUAACAAGACUGUCAGGGAUGUGUGUGUGUGUGUGUGAUCCACAGCAGUGAAUGCAUCAGUGUGUUCCUGAACGUUUUUGGAAGCAGGAACAAAAGGGGCAAUGAGGUGCCUUCACAGCAAGUAACUCAGCAGCUUGACUCCAUGAAAGAGUAACUUUUGACGCUACGUCUUUUUAAAGCAACAAAACCAGUGCGUGCUCCAAAAAAACUCAUCCAAUUUUUUUGUCUCAAGUGGCCAUUGAAGGCAUUUACUCGACAAUGUCACUUCUACCGAGAGGGAAGUGACAUCUGUUUGUUUUGUUUGUGACGAUCAACAAGCGAUGCAGAUAGCUGGACUGUCUGACCAAUGACAUGAAUAGACUCUGGUCUUCAACCAGAGGAACCAAAUUGAGUUUGGUUCGUCUUUAACUUAAAUGUUGUUUUUCAUUUGCCUCUUCACUGAGGUAAAUGGGAAUAUGCACUAAAUAUUUAUUUAUUAGCAAUAGAAGUACAGAGACAGUUCAUUGUUAAAGUGACCUAUCGGCUGUAAAAGUCAUUUAUAUAUUAUGUCUGUAUGACAUUUAUUAUGCAGCACUUAGAGAAAAUAGUAGACACGCUUUUUGUUUAUUAAAACACAGGGGCUUCAUUUCAAAUUUUAUAUUUAUGUAUCUUGAUUUUGACAAUUCUGUGUGUACUUGUCUAUCCAAAAGCAGUAUGGAUCUAAUGUUCCUUCUAUAAGAUUGUAGCAUAUCUGUAAGAGCUUCAUCUGAUAGGUUUUUUUCAUUCAGUUUUCCUAUUAUUUAUGUUUGUGU